UAGUAGGCCUACACCUUUUACAUUGUCCUUUUCACCGAGUUUAUUGGAAUUUGCCAAUCCCAUGUUUUACAUUUGCAUUUAUUUUAAGUUGGGGCGUUUCACUAACUUUGGUAAAGGUACAAAUAAAAGACAACCAGGUUACAAUCCAACAAUAAACAACAUGAUUUCAGCUUUUAAAAUGUUCCGAUUGAGCCGCAAAGUUAUGCUAAGCUCUUGCUUUAGUCUGUUAUAUAUUUUCCUCAUGAACGAUUUUAGAUCGCUUUCGUGGUGUUUUUCAAACGUAAAAAUGCCCCUGUGGCAGCCCACAAAGACCGCGCAGAGACCACCUACUCAGAUUACAGACCUACUUCUUUCGAAAAAUGAGGAAGCGACACCAUGAUAGCCGCUAAGAUAAACUGACCAAAAGGAAGCAGGGACGUGCGACAACUUCAUGGAAUUCCGGAUUCGCAGGCUCCCUACACAGGUGUCAUACAGCAUCACCAAGGAAUCCAGCAAGGACAACGUAGCUUCUCUGAAGAGUAGCCUCCUGUCAAGCCAGAUCAGUUUUUGUAAAGGAUGGAAGGAGAUGAAAAUGGCAUCAGCUGUUCACCCUGGCAGUAUUCAGCAGGAUUAUUCUCACAGGGAAAGUAGUUUGGAACCAGCUAUGAGCUGCACAGUUCUCCAGAGAGCAAACCCAUCGCAGUCCGUUGGUAUGAGUCCAGUUCCCUUGGAUUUACCGCUGGUUGAUGCCAAGGGCUCACCAAAUGUUGGUUUCUCAUCCAUCACCUUCUCAGCACGCAUGGUGCCCCAGGCCAUAAACACAUCACCCCUGGAGAGUCCGGCCGCAGAACCCAGAUUCCUGACCUUAACUCAUGGCGGCCAGUUGGCCCAAGACAAGUACUCUGCUACUACGGCCCAGGGAUAUUCCAUGGUAGACUGCGAUAGCAAGCCGUUCUUGAAUAAAAGACGUCCUGCCAGCAUAAAAAUGACAGAUCACAGGCAAAGCUAUUUCUUGGGCCAGAACGUCUGUGAAACAAGAGCACAUUGUGUCACCGAUGGAGAGGGCAAGGAGAACGCCCUCUCUGGUAUCUGGCAGCAGGAUAGCUGUGACUUCUAUGAGUCCUCAGCACAGUGUAGCUGCUGGACUUGUAGUCAUCUGGAGGUGUCGCUCAUGGCUGUGAACUCAGUCUUGUACCUGAACAGGGCACUGUCUGUUUCGCUGGGGAGAGGCACCAUGGAGCCCAGCAAGGCUGGUGUUUAUAGGUCUACCCUGUCACUGCGCCUCCAGAGCACAGCCCUUCACAGACAAGCCCUGAACUCUCCAGGGAGGGGAAAUGAAUUAGAAAGACCCAGGAGGCCGUCAGGCUUCCCUGGUGUGCGUGGGAGUCUGGAAUUCAAACCGGACACUGCGUCUCCAGCAUCAAUCCAACCAAGCUCAAGACUUAAAGACUCCGCUAACAACAUGACCUCGGAUUUAAACAUGUGCUGCUUGACGUCUGAAGUGUCACCUUCAGAGUCAAGGCACUUGUCCCCAGAGGCUUUAAGUCGAGAUCGAGCUGGAAACAAGAAGACAUGUCAAUGCCAAAAUUGUAGAGGGGGCACAGAGGAAGCUAACGAUGUAGCCCAAGUUGUGAAUGCUGGGAAUUCUGGGAGAGCACCGCAAGGUCAGAGAAAAGUUGUGAAAGGUCCAUACACUGCGUGGAGCGUGGACCACAUUUCAGAGACUCCCGCGUCCCUCUCUGUCAAGUCCAGCUGGAAAUUAGUGCUGCAGAAGACUGCUCUGAAUCCUCUUACUCUCAGGGAGGCCCUGCAGCUGUUUCGCCCAGACUUCAUCAGUCAUUCCCAGGACAGACUGAGAGCACUGGAGCGACGUGCCCUGGAGCGCAGGUCUGCUGUGUCCCCAGGCCAGGAAGUGGGGGGGGCACGGGAACGCCGAAGGAGAAAAUACACCAAGCCCCACCCACUGAGCGAUAACCUUUUCAAACCCAAGGAAAGAGUCAUCUCAGGGAAGGAGAUGCAGAGCCGAUCCAAGCGGAUAUACAACAAGCUGCCUGAAGUCAUGAAGAAGAAGGAGGAAGAGAAAAAGAAAAUAAUGUCCCAGACCAAUAGACUUCGGGUCGAGCUCUUUAAGAAGAAACUUCUAGAACAGGUUCUUCAGAGAACUCAUGACUGAAGAAGACUUAGAAGAGAAGAUAAUUCUGCCUUUCUGCUUCCAUGCACUUUCAGCCAACAUGCACUUUCAGCCAAGGACCUUGCCUUGAAAACACGGGAUAAGACCCAGGUAGAGGUUGGAGCACGUCAUGAAUGAAACUGGCCAACACCGGCACUCAUACGGUUGUUUUCUCCAGCCACAUGCAGUUGUGUUUAUUUGAUGGGACAUGUGAAAUCUUCUGAUCUGCUCAUGUCCCUUUGCCUGUCGGAGAUAAAUGCACCUCAUCUUGCUGGAAUGACAUUAUUCAACAAAAAUCUUUCAUUUUAGACCUAGUUGAUCUAAAAUUUAACAAAAACAGGGCACUGAUGCCAUAGGUUAAAAUUGAUCUACCACAUGUUUGGUUCUUUCAGUACAUUCUUCCUGUAUGUACAGUACUGCAAUUCCUUUUCCACAAUUAACUGGCACCUGAAGUGUUUGAAAUAAUUGGUAACGCUCUAUAGUAACUGCACCUUCAAAAGCAUUAAUUAUGCAUUCAUACAACACAGAGCACCUUCAUAAUGCAUUAAUAUAAUGCAUUAACAUGCCUUAACAG